AUGGAUCUCAAGGGCCAGUCGAAAUGGAAACUGACCUGGAGACCACGAUGGCCGCCGACCUGGAGACCAUGGUGGAUGCCCAAAGCUAACUUCAUUACUCUACACUACUUGUAUAUCAUCCUGGCAGGCCUCUCAGGCCUGCUCAUAUUGCUCCCGUACGGCAACAUCUCGGCUAUCGAUGCGUACUUUUUCGGCGUCAGUGCCUCAACAGAAUCAGGUCUGAACACCGUUGAUCUGAAAGAAUUGGAGACGUACCAACAAGUCUAUACUUAUCUGAUUGCCAUGGUCACAAAUCUCACCUUCAUCAACAUCGCAGUAGUAGUUGUGAGACUGCACUGGUUCAGGAAAAAACUCAAGACCCUAGCACCGAUUCUCCUCAAACCAGAGGACCGAGAGGCCGAUGAACCAAGCCCACACCGCACCGAUUCUGAGUCCGACUUGGACCUGCGCCCUACCGUCACUGAGCCUGCUAGGAAAUCGCCACCGUCCAUGACAGGAGCAGACAAAUCAUUGAAUUUAGUCAAAACCGACAGCGCGAGACGCGGGAUAACAUUUGCACCUGAUGUCCACCGGCCGCCUGACUCAAAGCCACUUUACAUUCCGGGUCCAAGGGACCGUGACAAUGGCCAUCCUAUUGUUGAGCGAGAUGUCGGAGACGAGGCAGAUGAUAUCGAAGAUGCCGCUGUUGUGGACCCAAAGACCAGCGAACCCAAGACGGGCAUUGUUAGACGACGUACCUGGGGAGGAGACGGCCCAGGAAACUUGCCAGCACUGUCCAAGGCCAUCUCCAUUGAGAGGGUUGCGACGACCGUUGGCACAGUCUUUGUACUAGGCAAGACGCGUGCGGGAGCUGCCCGCCCCAGCGCACCCCAUCGACCCACCACCGGGCUGCCAAUGUUAUCGAAGCAGGUCACAAUCGGACGCAACUCGCAAUUUCUGAAUUUGACUUCGUCUGACAGGGAGAGGCUCGGUGGGAUUGAAUACCGGGCCUUGAAGGUGCUGUUAAAGAUUGUUGUCUCGUACGCUGUCUUCCUCAACAUCCUCGGGGUAAUCAGCCUGGUCCCUUGGAUACACCAUGCCCCCCAAAAGUACAGAGACUGGCUCGACGUGAACGGCAUUGACUACUCAUGGUGGGCCAUAUACUCUGCCCAAACAAUGGCCAACAACCUUGGCUUUACCCUCACCCCGGACUCGAUGGUUACUUUCCGCGACGCUACCUGGCCUAUGCUUAUCAUGACAUUUCUCGCCUUUGCAGGCAACACGUGCUAUCCGAUUUUCCUUCGACUCAUUGUCUGGACCAUGUUCAAGCUCGUCCCGAGCCGGUCGUCCUUAAAGGAAACACUCAGGUUUUUGCUCGACCACCCGCGAAGAUGCUACACGCUUCUCUUCCCAAGUCGAGCGACGUGGAUUCUGUUCGGAAUCGUCGUCUUACUAAACGUCGCAGACGUCGUACUUAUCAUCGCCUUGGACCUGAACAACCCCGCCGUGAAUGAUCUGUCGCUUGGGCCCAGGAUCUUGUCAUCCCUUUUCCAGGCUGCCUCGGCGCGCCACACUGGCACGGCGACUUAUGUCCUCUCACAGGUCAACCCAGCUGUACAGUUCAGCCUGUUGGUGAUGAUGUACAUUUCCGUGUUACCCAUUGCAAUCAGUAUUCGCGCUUCAAAUACGUAUGAGGAGAAGAGCCUGGGAAUAUACCUGCCCGACGAAGAAGAGCCUGACGAAAAUCAAGGGGCCACAUCGUACAUACUGGCACAUGUUCGCAACCAAUUGAGUUUCGACUUGUGGUAUAUUUUCUUGGGCGUAUUCUGUAUCUGCAUUGCUGAAGCGGACAAGAUAAUGGAGCCCAACCAGACGGCUUUCCAGGUAUUCCCGAUCCUGUUCGAAGUCAUGUCCGCAUACGGCUGCGUCGGCCUUUCCCUCGGCCAUCCUUCAGUAAUGACCUCGCUUUGUGGGAGAUUUACCACUUUUAGCAAAGUCAUAAUCUGCUGCAUGAUGAUCCGCGGCCGCCACCGGGGACUACCAUACUCCUUGGAUCGCGCUAUCAUGCUUCCCAGCGAGCAGUUGAAUGAGCGCGGGGGACUCUCCAGGACAACGUCUCGGCAAAGUGGAGGCAUGUCCAAUGCUCUUGGACUUCGACGUAGCAGGGGCGAGGCUGCAAGGACAAUACCCAUGAAAACGCAUCAUACACAGUGA